UAUCUAUUUUCGACAGAAAAAAAUGGGUCAUAGUGUUGCGGGAAGAAAUACGCAGAAAACCAUAAAAAACUAUUUCGAAAAGUUGUGAGAGCGCCACCAUUAAUGUUUCCUAUCCACCCAUACUAAGCCGGUCCCGAGUGUCGGCGAAAAAGUGAUGAAUGUCUAGUUCAUAGAUUUCACAUUUGAAAGUGCUAAUUGUAGGUUCAGUUGUUCGCUGGACUUCAAUCGGUUACAAGCCUCCUUUAACACUGGUCUAGAAAAAUUGCACCCCGAGUGUGAUGCAAGCGGUUAAUCCAGUCCGUCACUAAUUAGUUUAGCGAUAGGUGUCUUUGCUUGACAAAUGUUACCUGCAAAGUUUAUGCUUUCCUCCUAACAGAAACAAAACGCAUAUCGGUGUCUCUGAGAAAAAAAAUUUCAUCAGUUUUCCUACCAAAGUUCAGUGAGUGUCGAGCAAAAAAAGGACCAUUCAAACGGAUUCUUUGGAGUAAUAAACAAGCAAUCAAACCACUACUGGCCUAAUUAUGGUUAAUGAAUACACAGGACCUCCCGCCCAGGAGCUGGAGACGUUCCUCCCGAAGGAUGCAAAAAAUGGAACAUCAAAAUACAAGAUCACUCCAGCCAAAACGGACGUGGAAUCGGCGGCAGUGCAAUCUUUUGAUCCAUUCAAGGAAAGAUCCCUGGAACAUCCCACUACCGAUGGCGAAACGUUAACCCAUCUUUUGAAGGCUUCCCUCGGAACGGGAAUUUUGGCUAUGCCAAUAGCCUUCAGCUAUGCUGGACUUGUAGGUGGAAUAAUCGCAACGGUUCUGACGGCACUUAUCUGCACACACUGCGCCUACGUUCUGGUCAAAUGUGCUCACACCUUGUACCACCGGAACAAGUGCACGGCGAUGACUUUCGCCGAAAUCGCGGAAGUUUCGCUGGCAAAUGGACCCCAAUGGGGACGCAGGUGGAGUAAAUUCAUACCGAAGUGUAUUACCUACGGACUGUUUGUCACUUACUUCGGAACAUGUGCCGUGUACACCGUCAUUAUCGCUACAAACUUUCUGCAAGUCAUCGACCACUACACAGGAUCUGCCAUGAAUCUGCGAGUCAUGAUUGCCUUACUCCUGGUGCCUUUGAUCUUACUUUCGUGGAUCCCUAAUUUGAAGUACCUUGCACCGGUUUCGAUGGUCGCCAACGUCUUCAUGUGUGUUGGGCUAGGAAUUACUUUCUACUAUUUGGUUACCGAUAUGCCGCCACUGACCGAAAGACCCAUGUUUAUUUCCGUGAUGAACUGGCCGUCCUUCUUUGCUAUCGUAAUUUUCGCAAUGGAGGCAAUCGGUGUUGUAAUGCCACUGGAAAAUCAGAUGAAAACCCCCCAGAACUUUAUCGGACUUUGCGGCGUGCUGAACCAAGGAAUGGGUGGAGUUACGCUGAUUUACAUUCUUUUGGGAUUCUUGGGAUACGUGCGAUAUGGUGAUGAAGCGAUGGGAAGCAUAACCCUUAAUUUACCAGUUGAAGAAAUACCUGCCCAAGCCGUCAAGAUUUUGAUUGCCUUAGCUGUUUACUGUACAUUCGGACUGCAGUUUUACGUCUGUCUAGACAUCGCGUGGAUUGCCAUUAAGGAUAAGUUCAAGAAGCGACCAACACUGGUGAACUACACUAUGAGAACCAUCCUCGUUACUGCCGCAGUGCUACUGGCCGUUGCCGUUCCCACUAUCGGACCAUUCAUCGGACUUAUCGGAGCGUUCUUUUUCUCAAUCCUUGGACUGCUCAUUCCCAUCUUGAUUGAGAUGGUUACGUACUGGGAUCAAGGCUUCGGAAAGUUCAACUGGAUCAUCUGGAAAAAUGUUCUCGUGUUCUUCUUCGGACUUAUCGCGUUGGUUUUCGGCUCCAAGGGCGCCAUCGAAGACAUUAUCAAUCUCUAUGUUAAGUAGACUGAGUAGCAUUUUACACGUUGAUAUCUCGCAGCUGCAAUACUUAUAAAAAACAAGAUAAGUGUGAGGCACAAAAUGCGUCCUGCCGUGACUGCAUUUUUAUGCUUUUUGUACUAUUAAUUUUAAAUUAUAGUAACGACUUUUGUCCCUAAAAGAAAAGUGCUCUAAGAAAAACAGUAGGAUAAAGUUAAGUAUAAAUCCUUCAACACAAAAAGUGCUUUACAGCUGCAGUGAUAGAAUUUAAGACAAGUGCCUACUUUCAUUCAGCAAUGAAUAAAAAUAGAACGCGAGGACUUGAAUUAGAUCGUUAAAUGCAUACGCUAGGGAUUUCACUACAAUAUAGUUUAGCAGCGGAUCCGCCGAAACAGAAAAGACGGAAGUAUUCAUAUCUGCAAUUGUCCAACUCUAUUGCGGAUGUUUAUACGUACUGCAAGCGCAGCGCGGCCAUGGAACAUAAUAUGUAGACUCCGGUUAAGCAUUAGUUAUAUUUUUUUAAAAAAACAAAGGCAAACCAAUUAAAACCUAAAGUUGUCAUUAGCAGAAACAUUAUACGCAGUAUCAAAUUUUAGCAAAGCAAAAUUCUUUUUAUAAAAGAAAUUGAACGCAUCCAUCCUAUAUAGGCAUAAAAAUUACGUGGCAGCAAUGAAUAAAAUUAGUAGAGAUAAA